UCGAGUGUGGCAAUAGCUUUUAAACACAAGUAUUCACCAUGAGCGCACAUCCCGCAAAAAAAGCAAAAUUCCAAAAUAAAAAGAAAUUCUAUCAACCUAGUAGAAAACAAUAUUUGGAGGCAGGUCAUAAAGGUUUUAUAGCCACAUGUAACUUUAACGAAAAAGAUUGCGUUCGCGAAUGUUAUAACAUUCUGAAUCAAUAUGCCGAUGACUUGUACGGACCGGAGGAUUCUACGGCUUUUGAUGAAAACAAUGGAAACAAACAGGAAGACAAAAAAGAUAUUGAAGUCAAUACGGAUGAUAUAGCCGAUGAACUACAAAAACAAAUUGAUGCGACUCAACAAAAGUCAAAAGGUUCUGCCAAGAGACGUUUUCAAGUUGUUGAUACCGGAGCCACCAAUUGUGUAUUCAUUAAAACCACUCUACCGGAUCCGAACGCACUAGCGAGUCGCAUAGUUAAGGACAUAGCAGAGACAAGAAAGCAAAAGACUCGUUACCUUUUGCGCUUGGUGCCCAUUGAGAUAGUGUGCAAAGCGAAUAAUAAGGAUAUUGUCGAUAGUGCUGGCCUGUUGAGUGACAAACAUUUUUUAAAUGAACCCACAACCUUUUCCAUUGUAUUCAAUAAACGAUUCAACAAUGACAUCAGUAGAGAUGGUCUUAUUAAGGAACUGGCCGAUAUAAUACAUGCUAAAAACAUUAAACAUAAAGUGGAUUUAAAAUAUGCCAAUAAAUCUCUCAUUGUAGAGGUCAUUAAAGGUCUGUGCUGUCUGUCGGUCGUGGAUAAUUAUAUGGGUAUGAAGAAAUAUAAUCUAGUUGAACUUGGACGACAAACUAUGGAUAAUGAUAAAAAUUCAAUCCAGGCAGAAAAUGUUUUAAAAAGCGAACUGAUUAUUGAAGAAGCAAAGCGAGCUGAAGAUGGUGCAGAACACACAAACAACAAUAAAGAAGAAGUUGAUAAUAAUGAUAACAAUGACAAUAAAAUUUGAAAGAAAAGAACA